AUGGUAUUUCAAUCUCACACCAACUACCUCUCGGCUCAGAUACAGGUGAGAUUGGAGAAUGAAGGUGUCAUUGACAUGCUUGGUGGGCCCAAUACUGGUACCAGUUACUCCUUACCUGGUCAUAUCAUCAUCUCCUUACCCGCUUUACCCGCUCCCAUGGAAGGCAGAUUGAGAGAAGUGAAGGAUCUCAAGAUCGUCAUGGAGGGCAAAUCAGAAUUCUGGGAUGAUCAUGGGCGAUACACACCCAUGAGACUAUACAGUACCACUCUCAUACUCGCUACUCCUUCCAAACCACUCCUUCUACCUUCGCACGAUCCUAACAGAGCUUAUGCCCAAAGGAUACAACUCGCGGUCACCUUUGACAUGAGACUACCGGGAUGGCUACCUCCUUCCCACGAUUCGGAAAUGACUACUAUCUCAUACGGUCUCAUCGCCCAUUCCACCAUAGGAUGGACCGAACCAGCAACCACCUUUUAUGCUUCACCCAGCACCUGCUCCUCUUCUUUUUCUUCCUCCUCCUCCAGUUCAUCAUCCGAUAGUGAUGUCUCAAUGGAAAGCAUCAUUCCGAUUCGUCCAAUGAUCAUGAAACCGAAAUCAUCCAAACCAUUUGAAUCCAUGCUCGGUAAUCAUUCUCUCCUUGCAAAAUCAAUUGAGAAAUCAUCCUCCAAAUGGACUCCUUUCACCGUCCAGAGGCAUCGAAUGCCUUCAGCUGUCGUUCCAUACCCUCAAGGAGCGACAGAAAGACAUUUCACCCUCAGACCCGAAUCUGAUAGUACAAGCCCUGUAGAAUGUGUUGUUACGGUACCUGAUUGGGUAGAUGUCAAUGGUGAAGAGAAGAGCUUGAAAGUCAGUUUGAGAGUGAGAGCCAGGAAGCCCGUGGCUGAACCUAUGGAAGUGCAUACCCCUGAGGCUUCCUCAAACGGAUCUGCUUCUACCCUUAAUUCCUCGUCGUCGACAGCAGACGAAGAGGGAUCUGUAUCGGGAGGCGGAUCAAGAGAAUUGGAAUCUAUUCCCAUGGAGAGAUCAAGUGGCAAAGGAAAGAAAGCUGGAAGCGAUUUAUCGACGUACAUUCUUGAACUGGGUAUGGAGGUGGAAGAGACUGAGAGGUAUUCAUCGACACCUUCCCAGUCAUUCACAUCAUCCUUCCCACUUCCAUCUGAACAACCUACCCGAAACUCGUCGGUGAACCAACUGAUAUCGCCUCGAAUGGGUUAUGCAGAUGGCACAGGAAGUUUCUUAGGGUACGAUGAGCGACCGUUCAAGGGAAUGAGAACUAGACAGUGUCUACUCAGCGAUGAUGGUAAUCAACGGAAUUUCUUUUUCGCCGAUAAAGGUUUGGGACUAGGCGAUAAGUGGAGAAAAGUCAAUGUCAUCUUACCUAUGCCAAGUCUGGAAUCUGGAAAAGGGUUGAGUACGAGACCCCAACCAGAAUUAGAUGGACCUUUUUUAAGGAUCAGACAUGAUUUGAAAAUUAGAGUGGUCUGCAGAUCUCCGGGGAGUAAGGAUGAUACACAAGUAGUCAUUCUUUCCACCCCAAUCAAAUUCGGUACAUGCCCAUCAACGAUGCCAUCAAUCAAAGAUAAACCUACCCCUCUCCCAGCUUAUAUCCAACUAUUCCACGAGAAUGGCGAUUUGAGAGAAUGUGAUUCUCUCCCUGUCUAUACCGGUUCCUCUUCCUCUUCCAACUCGGAUUCCAAUUCAUCCGCGACCGAAGUUCCAGUGCCAGAUACACCUGCACCCAGUUACGCAUCGUUAUACCCUUUGACCACCCGACCGUGCUCUUCCAGAUCACCUUCUCCGUCGAGUUACGACGAUUCCGCUAGUGUCGCUUCUUCCUCUGGUUCCUCAACCUUGGGGAGGAGAGAAAGAAGUUCAUCACCUUCUCCUUCUUCCUCUGAGGAUGAACCGGAAUCGAUGGAUAUUGAUAGUGUGAUAUCUUCGUCAGAUGAGGAUGAUGGAGUCGGAAACAAUAACGGUAGAACGAGAAGUACGAAUGGUGGCGUACAGGUACAGAGUAGGAAAGUCGCUAGAACCAUUCCGAGAGGUAUAAGAACUGCUGCAUGA